CUCGUAUUUGUUUCAAGCUUUCUCACCUUUGGCGAGAUACACAUCAUAUGUCAACAAUUCGACCGCGUGUGGCGUCCAGACAAACAAGUUCUAUGGAACGGUGUGGAGGGCUUUCGCCACGUGGUUCAGAAAUGGGCGAACAAGAAUGGUCUACAGACAAUGACGACGGUGAUGGGUUCCUUGUUAGACAAGAGCAAUCCAUCGUAUGGAAAGAGUGGAAGCAAUAAAAGGAGCAACUACAUGAAAGGGGCUUCUGCUCUAUUUGCAUGGUACAUAUCCAAAGGUGACAAAGUCAUUGUAUUGGCCUUACCCCCCGAUGAGAACGGAGACCGCUUCAACCCGUCGCCAUACACCAACUACCGCGGCAUCGAAGAGCCGAUCGUCAAGGGUCAGCUUGGAAACAGGGCCGUGGGGGAAAUGCUGAUACUUCACCCCACAGUUCCUGGAGCUGAUAAGUUCUUUUAUCCUUUGUGGCCGAUGGACGGACAGAAGGCCAUGAAAGCAAUUCUG